UGAAUAAAUAAGAGUCCAGCACGAGGCUGCUCACAACAGAGGAAAAACACAGCAGAGAGGAGAGCAAAGAAAAAAACAUGGAUCCAGUGACAGGUGCUGCAGUUGUAGGAGGUGCAGUAGUGGCUAUAGUCGGGACCCCACUUCUUCUGGGGGCCGCAGGUUUCACCUCAGCUGGAAUUGCAGCAGGCUCACUGGCUGCUAGUAUGAUGUCAGCUUCUGCAGUGGCUAGCGGAGGUGGAGUGGUAGCUGGAGGUGUAGUGGCUGUUUGUCAAUCAAUAGGUGCAGCUGGUCUGUCGGGGGCCACUGCAGCUGUGGGCUGCGUUGGAGCAGUUGGGGGGUUUGUGGCAAGCCUCUUUUUCUAAAUAAUCAACAAUUGGUUAUCCUGUUAAUCUGAGGAAGCAAGUGAUGAAGCAGCAUGUUUAUGUCCUGAAAUGUUUGGAAAGUUGUCUGGUUACAUUAGUACUACUGCACUAAUGGUGAAACAAGGUGUACUUAGUCACACGUGACGUCAAUCACCUACUUUGUUUAUACUUCACCAGCAUUGUUCCUUUCAUAAGCUGUCUACCACCUACAUUCAGACAUUGCAAUUUGGACUCACAACUAACAUUGCCAAACAAUGAAUGAUACGAUUAUGUGGUGAGAAUUUAAGCAUAAGGGGCCUUCUCUUUCUCACCUCUCAUUCUUAUUUUUUGGGAAAUUUGAUUUUCAUCUCCAUUGCUACAAUGACGACAGCCGGCUCCAUUAUUUGAAAUCAGGUUUGACAUGAAAUGACAACCCCAUAGAAAAGAAAAUUCUAAAAAUAAUAAUGAGCGGUAGGAGGUAGAUAAUCAAUAGAAGAGAAGGCCCCUUAUCCUUAAAUUCUCACCAUAUAAUCGUAACAUUCCUUGUUUGGCAUUGUUGUUUGCUUGUCACUUAUUGCAUUGUCUGAUUUGGUGACCAACUUUGAAAGCCUAAAUUAUAUUUGAAUUGAUCAUACAGCUAUUUUUCAUAUAGACUUUUAAAAAUCAUGAGUGAGGAAUUCUAUGA